AUGGUCUCUACUCGUCCUAAAAACGCAACUCAGCACCCUGGUGAUGUCGUCAAGCAAGCUACAAGGAAGCGACGUACGGCAAAGCAAAUUGCUGCAGAUAAUGAGCGGGCAAGAGAAGCACAGGAAGCACAGGAAUUAGCCGCCAAAAACGGCAUUGAUCGUGUUGGAGCGAUAGAAGCAUCGAUGGAGAUAGAGCAGGCAGCAGCAGUAGCAAAGGUGACGCCUGUAAAGCCUCGUCCAAGGCCAGCUAAAAAGCAGCAGUGUGCUACCAAAGAUGCCCCUUCAAACAGUCACAGUGCAUUAGGGAUUGAUACCAGUGUCCAGUCUAAAGAUGAGCGUACCUUGCAAGGUCUCACUGACGAUGAUAUGGAUGUAGGAGGUGAUUAUGGGGAUGAGGUUGAGAUGGCUGAGCCAAAGCCAAAGAAGAAGAAGAAAGUCAACCUUUUGUUACGCGAGGCUGUCAGUGCUGCGAGGUUGAAGAAGCAGAAUGAGGAUCGAUCUGAUAUCGAUCUGAUUGAUGCGCCUCAGCCUGGGAGACCUGUUGAUGGCAAGGCACACGGCCUUGACAAGAAAGGAAACAAUGUCGAAGGCAAGAAAUUCAGCUUGUCAGGGAAGAUCAAUAAUUGGCGCGAUCAAGUGGAACCUGAUUCGAAGGGGAAAUCCUCAAAGGCAUCCUCAGUUCGGAGUGGGACAAGCAUACCCUGCUCAACGACAGAUUCAGUAUUUAGCCGUGUAACGUCAACAACUACUUUCUCGCAGGCAACAGAACCCCCACCUACUCCAACCAAGACUUCAAAGUCCCAGGCCGACCAUACACUUAAGGCCACCUACUCUGACGACGGCGACCUUGAUGAGAGUGAUUCUGACUCGGAAGAGCGUGCAGCUGCCAUUGCAGAAAAAGGACAAGGCAAAGCUGCUAUGACGAGUGGCACUGAUACCGACGUGUAUGUGACAGUUCCUAGCACGGGAUCGAAGGGGAAAAACAAAGCCGUCACUCGCGCAAAGGUUAUCGUUCCAGGAACGCCCCAGGAAUCUGACACCGAUGACAACGUCUUGGAUAUGCCACUGGCCGGCACUCCCUUCGCUGAUUUGCCUUACGACAGGCAAGUAGAGAUCGUUAGCUAUGCCUUAGAGCAAGGUGCACCUCGUGCUGGCAAGAGGAAACUUGACCUUGGACCUGAAGACAACUCGAACGAUUACGAGGAUGGAGAUGGAGAUGACGUCAUGGAGUUUGAAGAUGACACCAUGCAGCUCGACAGUGAGAUUGAAGGCAGCACCCAACCUAUUGCCAAAGAGGCGAAUAAAGUAGUCCGCACCACUUCAGCGACAAACACGACGGCUGUCGAGAAACCGAUUGCACCGCUGCCAGCCAAGAAGGUUAAAUUAGAGCCGGCUUCUAAAGCCUCCACAAAGGUACCACGCCCAGCCAAGAAGGUCAAAUCAGAACCGGCGUCCAAAGUCGCGAUGACCCGGGCACCAGACGUUCCUGA